AUGGAGCCCGCUGCGGAUGGAACGUCCGCAGCACCCGUACCUGAUGCGAGCGCAGGCACACAUGCUGAGAAGAAUGAGACGGAAGCAAAAGUGGCCAACAAGGAGAGCAAAACUGGGGAGAAGCGGGUGCCUGGUGGCUUCGCUGCGUCCAAUGCUCGUACCAAGGAGAUGGCGAUGGCCAAGCUUCCUCCCAGUUUGCGCGCAAAGCUGGAAGAGAAUGUUAGGCGCUCUGCAAAUGCAUCUCCAGUUAGUCUACCGGAAAUGGGUGCUAGCGAUAAGCUUAAUCCAUCGCUGCUGAGGGCCAAGGUGCCGCCCGUCUCGAGGACUCCACCACCACCUCGCCCACGUCAGCGUCCUGGGCCUGGCCUGCGUCUAAGUGACCUUGGAUCUGCGUUGCCAAGUGCAAGUGCCCCAUCGAAAGCACCUAGUCUGUCGAAUGGCCGGCCGAAGUUGUCGCUCGGUAUGCUUCCCGGCCAAGAGAAGCCGCCUGAGAGUCCGUUUGGCAGCUUCAGCAAAAUCGUCGAUCCCUCCGGCCGUUUGAUCUUUGAUGGCAAGGCGAUUUUGCAUGAAUCUGGCGUGGAGUUUAAGAAUGGCACCAGCUUCAACAUCAACAUGGACGAACUGGAAGUGCUUGAUAAGCUCGGGCAUGGCAAUUACGGCACGGUGACACAUGUGCGUCACACGCGCACCAAGGUGGAGAUGGCGAUGAAGGAGAUCCGACUUGAGCUGGACGAGGCCAAGCUGAAUGCGAUCAUAAUGGAGCUGGAUAUUCUGCAUCGUGCUAUUGCGCCACAGAUUGUGGAGUUUUAUGGUGCUUUCUUUGUUGAGUCGUGUGUGUAUUACUGCAUGGAAUACAUGGAUGUGGGCAGUUUGGACAAACUGAGCACAGGCCGUCACUGUAUGGUACCAGACAAGGUGCUUGCACGCAUUGCGUCGAGUACUGUGAAAGGCCUUCAUUUCCUCAAGGACCGACUGCAGAUUAUUCACCGUGACGUGAAACCGACGAAUAUGUUGAUCAAUUCGCGUGGAGAGGUAAAGUUGUGUGAUUUCGGUGUGUCGGGUCAGCUGGAGAAGAGUUUGGCGAAGACCAACAUUGGAUGUCAGAGCUACAUGGCGCCGGAACGCAUCAAGGGCGAUGUGCGGAAUGCCCUGAAUACCUAUACGGUGGCCUCUGAUGUAUGGUCGCUCGGGAUUUCGCUCGUGGAGAUUGCUAUGGGAUGCUAUCCCUACCCACCUGAAACGUUUACCAACAUGUUUGCGCAGCUCCAGGCCAUUGUAGAAGGCAAUCCACCGGAGCUGCCGCACCCCUCGAAGGAGCCUAUCACCGUGACGAUGCCCAGUGGCAGCAUCGUCGAGUUGGAACUAGGCACCUGUGAGUACUCUGACGCAGCGCGUGACUUUGUGGCACAGUGCUUGUGCAAGAUACCCGAAAAACGACCGACGUAUGCGACUCUGCUGGAGCAUGAAUUCGUUACGCGGGACAACGAUGUGAACAUGGUAGCUUGGGCUGCCGAAGCCAAUGCACACAACCGAGCUCCUAAGCCAGAUGACAAGGCCUAA